GCGUAUCAUAGCGUUGUCUUCGUCCAUGGGUUCACUGGCCAUCCAGAGCGGACAUGGACUCACCGGAAAGGCGAUCCACGGUCAUGUCAUCAGUGCCCGGAUGCCGAGAGGGGCCAAGACACCACGGAGCGCCCGGUCAAGGUACGGAAGUUGAGCCGUUUCUUGAUAUCUCGAAGUGGGCCCAACGAUGCUCGUGAACCAGCGUAUACAUCUGUAUACUGGCCAAGGGACCUCGUCCCAACCGUUCUCCCAGGUGCGCGAGUCUUGACAUACGGCUAUGAUACCCGAGUGACACAUGCUUUUGGUCCUCUUGGGAACAAAAGCAGCGUCUAUGAGAUGGCGUGGGACUUCUUGGUAGAGCUUGAUGCCAGCCGCCGGUCGCAGGAAGCGAGACCCCUUCUGUUUGUUGCCCAUAGCCUGGGUGGCAUACUUGUCAAAGAAGCGCUACGACGAUCGGCCAGCUUCCUAUCUGGCCGACAGUUCCGGUUUCGGUCCAUCUUCGAUUCCACAGUGGGUGUCAUCUUCUUUGGCACACCUCACGGCGGCGCCAAACCUGGAGGGUUACCGCACCGCGUUGCCGAGAAGCUUCUCAAGGCUGCCGGGUUUUCUGUCAACGAACAGGUCGUCGCUACACUUCUGCCGUCCGGGGAGCGUCUGAAAGAGCUGAGAGAUGAGUUUGGCCCAGUUGUUAACAAGCAGAAUUGGACCAUUUACUCCUUUCAAGAGGCGAUUGGCGUCAGAUUCCUGGGCGGCGAAAAGACGAAACAACACAUCCAGAGGGACCACAUGGAUAUGUGCCGUUUUGCGGGGUUUGACGACCCCGAGUUUAAGAAGGUAGACGCGGCUCUGAGGCACAUCACAGGUUUAAUGCAG